UUCAGGACCUCGUCCAUAUAAGUUCGGUUUCCUGGAUUCCUGGUCUCUCUCUCUCUUUCUCUAUCUUUUAUGUAUGAAACUAUGCUUGCGCUAAAAGAUUAUGGUAACAGCGACGAAAGUGAGAGUAGUGAGACAGAAAAUGUCGACUUCGCGUUCACGACUAAUCUACAAAUUUGUUCUGCCCCGGAAGUCGUACCUACUGGAACAGAAUUGUGUGUAAAACACAUAGACUCGACUGCAACAGAAGUUACACAUAAUCCGAAAUAUGAAGAACUUUUUGGACCUGAGGUAGGACCAGAAAAUCCAUUUAAGACGCAGCAGCAACGUGCGGUGAAAAAUAUGUUGUCUGGAUAUGUAGAACGUGCACAUAUAAGUGAAUUUCAGUUUGAAAAUCAAAGGAGAACAUUUGCCAGUUAUGGAUAUGCACUUGAUCCAACUGUAGACGGUAGUGCAGAUGAAGGCAGAAUUAUGAUUGGUGCAACAGAAGCUGCAGAAGAAUCAGGCGGUAAGACUGUUUUUGAAAAUACUACCUUAAGACCUUCGGACAAACGAAAGCGGCAUAGAAACAAUGAUGCAUCAGAUAUAGAAGGUUUUUUGGGUCCUUGGGGUGGUUAUAUUGAUGAGAAACGAGUAAUCAAGCCAAGUGAUGAGGAAGCUGCUGAAUUGGAGGAAAUCUUAGCCAAACGAAAUAAACGAGGAAAACAGACGGAGGAGAAACCACUCGAGGAGAAGACAGUGUUACAUAUCAAAGAUAGUGUGGAUUAUCAAGGACGCUCAUUCUUGCAUGCACCUCAGGAUGUUGGCGUAAAUCUCAGAUCAGAAUCACCACCCGAUCGUUGCUUCUUGCCAAAGGCACAAAUUCACACGUGGGAAGGCCACACAAAAGGCAUUUCGCAAAUUCGAUGGUUUCCACGUACAGCGCAUUUAUUACUGUCUUGCAGUAUGGAUUGUCGAGUGAAGUUGUGGGAAGUAUAUAAAGACAGAAGAUGCGUUCGAACAUACUAUGGACAUCGACAAGCUGUACGGGACAUAAGUUUUGACAAUGACGGCAAACGAUUUUUAUCAGCGGCUUACGAUCGCUAUGUGAAACUUUGGGACACAGAAACGGGAGCUUGUAUUAGUCGCUUUACAAGUAGGAAAAUUCCAUAUUGUGCUAAGUUUAAUCCAGAUCCAGAUAAACAGCAUCUGUUUGUAGCUGGUACCAGCGAUAAAAAGAUUAUUUGUUGGGAUAUACGAUCUGGCGAAAUAACACAAGAAUAUGAUAGACACUUGGGUGCUGUAAACACUAUCACAUUUGUUGACGAAAAUAGACGAUUCGUCACAACCAGUGAUGAUAAAAGUCUUCGAGUUUGGGAAUGGGACAUUCCUGUAGAUAUGAAAUACAUAGCUGAUCCAUCCAUGCAUUCUAUGCCGGCGGUAACGCCGUCACGAAAUCAAAAAUGGCUCGCUUGUCAAAGCAUGGAUAAUAAGAUCGUUAUAUUCUCUGCGUUGAAUAGAUUCAAAAUGAAUCGAAAGAAGACCUUCACAGGACACAUGGUUGCGGGAUAUGCUUGUGGUUUAGACUUUUCACCAGAUAUGAGUUAUUUGGUGUCGGGCGAUGCAGAUGGUAAAUGCUACAUAUGGGACUGGAAAACGACAAAGUUAUACAAAAAGUGGAAGGCGCACGAUGGGGUGUGCAUUGAUGUAUUGUGGCAUCCACAUGAGCCUUCUAGACUUGCUACCGCUGGGUGGGAUGGGAAAAUCAAGUAUUGGGAUUAAAAUAUUCCCAACGAGUCUUAAG